AUGGGUUCGCGAGGGUCUGAAAAACGUUGGCCGAAACGCGAUAUGGGACCACAGUUUGAGCUGCGAUGCUGUGUUGAUCUAGACAUUCUUCGCAAUAAUGUCGAUCGACAGUGCUAUUUUGAAGAUGAAACGGUGCGUGUCAAUGGCAGUGUUUUUCACAAACGCGAGAAUUAUGACAAUCUACUAUCAAUAAUCCCAAAAAGCAAAUUCAACGGAAUUCAUAUUAAGAUGGAAGACGAUUGCCCGCAAGGCGGCGACGACGUUCGUCUUUGCCUGCUGAAAUCCCUUGGAGCACAUAAUUUGAGAUGUGUACCAUGCGUCAUGUGUCAUGAGAAGCUUAAAGUCUAUGAUAAAUACCCAAUGAUUGAUGGCGCAUUUUACAUAUCACCAGUAUCACAAUAUGGUCCCAAAACGGAGAUUUCCUUGGAUGGCCGACGAUAUUGCCUCCAGCAAAUUUGCGUCAAAUGCCUCUGGGCAGACUGGUCGUGUAGAAUCUGCGGAAAGGAUGACUGGUUUGACGGUCGCUCGAUUGUUUUGGGAACUUUAUACUACUAUGACAUUGUGUCUGCUGGAAAAUGUUGCACACCAACUUGCUCAUUGUGUAAAAACCCACUGAAUCUCCGCGAAUCUCUUCUAACCCAACUAAACAUUGGCAAUUAUGCUACAAUCAAUGAGCCGAUGACCUGCCAAACCUGCGGCGCACACAAAUUCCACCUAGUUCGGGACCUGGAGACUUGCCAAAUCGAAACCCCCACCCCUCGUGUUGAAAGACCUGAUAAAUAG